ACAUAAAUGACAAAUAAAACGACGUUUCGAGGUCAACAAAACAUUUCCCAGCUGUUUGCAGGUCUCAGACUGCUUUUCAGCUGAUAUUUGUUUUUGUGUGAUGCACUCUGGAAGUACAGGAAUAAGUAAAACCGAUUUAGUCCUGACCGUAAUAAUGUGCGCUUCAAAUUAAAUAUAUCUGGCCAACGCAGGAGCCAGUUUUUCCUCAUUUUCGAAUGACGUAAUAGCUAUCAAAUAGCCAGAAAAACAAAGAACUUGCAUUUUGCAAGUCAGGAACGGUAAAAUCUGGAAAGUAAGGGGGCCAAUAGCGCUGUCAAAAUAACUCUGGACAGUGACUCGUCAGGUGACGACGGUGGUUGUGAACCUCCGCGCAAAAAAGCCCGCAGACUGCAGGCUUCUUCUGACGAUAUGCAGCAGCCAGCAAGUAACGGCGUCAUUGAAAAUGGUGCUUCUUGCUCAUCAAAUGGUCAUUGUGGAGACGUUGAAAAUGGAGUCACUCUUAGCAAUAGUUCUCAGGAAAUCGUACGUAUCAUCGGACAAUAUUUGAGCAGCGAAGGACUGAAUAAUACUUGCGAUGCUUUAAUGACUGAGUCCGGAUGCCGUUUGGAGCAUCCUGCGGCAACCAAGUUUAAACUUCAUGUAAUGGAUGGAGACUGGAAUAAAGCUGAUCACGAUUUACAAGAGCUAAGACCCAUGUUAGGCGCGAACAACAACCUAAUGGACAUGAAGUUUUUACUACUCGAGCAAAAGUAUCUAGAAUAUUUGGAAGAUGGGCGAGUCUUGGAUGCUUUACAUGUUUUGAGAAACGAACUGACGCCAUUACAAUAUAACACCAAUAGGGUUCAUCAAUUGUCUGGUUAUAUGAUGUGCUCAAAUAUAGCAGAAUUACAUGAAAGAACGAAUUGGAAAGGGAAAGGUAAAGAAUCACGGUUAAUUUUGAUGGAGAAACUGCAAGCAUUCUUACCUGCCAAUGUGAUGUUGCCCACCAAUCGUUUAAAACAGCUUUUAGAGCAGGCAUUAGAGUUACAAACACUUAGCUGCACUCAUCAUAAUACGAAGGAAAAAGUAACGUUAUCAAAUUGCUCACUGCUCUCCGAUCAUAUUUGUCCGAAAGAUGACUUUCCCGUACACACAAUACAGGUACUGCAUGAUCAUUGUGACGAGGUAUGGUUUUGCGCAUUUUCUCCAGAUGGUACAAAACUUGCGACUGGUUCAAAGGACACAAAUGUAAUAAUUUGGGAUGUCAAUCCUGAAACCUGUACGUUAUCUGUAAGAAAAAUUUUAGAAGGUCAUAAUUAUGGUGCAUCGUAUAUAAGUUGGAAUCCAGAUUCGAAGCAUCUGAUAGCGUGUGGUCCCGAGGAAAGCCCAGAAGUGUGGUUAUGGAACUUAGAUACCGAGAAAUUUUUGAAGGUAUCUCAAUCACAAGAAGAUGCCUUAACAUGUUGUGCCUGGCAUAAAGAUGGAAAUAAGUUUGUUGUUGGUGGAAUAAGAGGUCAUUUUCACCAGUGCGACAUCGAAGGUAACAUUUUAGACUCAUGGGAAGGCGUUAGGGUGAACGGGUUGUAUUAUCGCAGUGACGGCAAGACUGUUUUGGCUGCUGACUCACAUCACCGAAUUCGAGCUUACGUGUUUGACGAGCUAGCGGACCAACAAAUAAACCGUGUUUCAAAUACUUUCAGUAUUCAAGAGGACCAUCCAAUAAUGACGUUUACUGUAGAUAAGAACGAUCGUCUAGCUCUUUUAAAUGUAGCGACUCAAGGUGUGCAUCUGUGGGACCUAAAUGACAAGAAUUUAGUAAGACGUUAUCAAGGAGUUACACAAGGUCACUUUACUAUUCAUUCUACCUUUGGUGGAUCCAAUCAAGAUUUUAUCGCCAGUGGCAGCGAGGAUAAUCAUGUUUAUAUCUGGCAUGUUAGAAAUGAACAGCCGAUCGCCACCUUGCAGGGCCACAGUCGUACCGUUAACUGCGUUUCGUGGAACCCUGUUUAUCCUCAAAUGUUGGUAUCGGUAUCAGAUGACUGUUCGAUAAGAGUAUGGGGACCCAAAGAUAAAGUGCCAAAGCCAGUUGGUGUCAGCUAACCAGACGACGUUUUGACAGACAUUAUUGUGCAUUCUAAAUCUGAUACUUUAUUUAAGCUAGUAUAGCCGAGGACUGAAUGCCAGACAACCAAAUGAGAAGCACUUGGUAGGGUACUUACUUAUCAAAUGUACAGGUUUUUGAACAGAGCCCUAUUUCAGCUAAUAUUACAAUGGAUAUAAAAUAAAAGGUUAACAAGGCACAAAUAUUAUAAAUUAGUUUAAUAUUUCGAGACAAAGGCAUAGUAGAGCCGUAGUUUGUGCAUUAUAAAAGUGGUGUUACUCAUAUUUGCAAUCCAACUGUAUUUCACUCUACUUUCUCACCCGAACAUAAAGCAACGUCACACCUUCAGCUUAACUUUUCUAAAUAUAUUUUAUAUUUAGAAUUUAUAUUAUAAAUAUUUCGAACAAAACAUAUGUCUUGAUGUUUAAUAUAGUUUCAUUACAAAUUAACUAAUCCUUAUUUUAUUCUAUACUUCAAUUUGUCAUUUUCAUGUGAAAAAAAUUAAUCGUUAGAUAUUUAUGGAAAGUGAUGGUCCCUUAGUUACCACUUUUAUAUGGCGCAAAGUAAAAGUACACACAUUUAAACAUAUCUAAAAUACAUUAAUUACUUCAGCGAGCAGCAAUAUCUUGAAAACUAAUUUAUUUCUUAUUUUGCCUUUUGAAACCGUAUGAAAAUAAUGAUUGAGAGUCAAUUGUGUAAUCUAAUAUAUCUGAUUGGAAACUUGGAGCUUGUUGAUUGCUUCGAAGGUAACAUUUAUGUUCAAAUUUAGAAUGCAAAUAUUUAAACUUCGGUUUAAGUUGACGCAAGAGAAGGUACUUUUAGGUGUAGAAUUAUGUUUUUUUAGGUUUUGGUAAAUUAUCUUUUUUACUUUUGUAAACUAUCAACUUAAAAUAUAUUUCGUCAUCCUCCUGGAAAUCAAAAUAGUUCAAUUGAAAAGCUCAUGAAAAAUUUUGAUGGUUUUAAGUUUCUUCAACACGAGCAUAAAUUGGAAAUACAGUUUUGAGGCUCGGUCCAAGAUGAGCAGUCGACACAAAUCUAAUGUUUUGACUACAUGGUUUUUAUAAAUAUCUAACAUUCAGCCAGAAGAUUAUACAGCUUUUGGCAACAAAGCUGAAACGUUUGAAACUAAAAAGUUUGAUUUAAACAUUUUCUAUUCUGAGUCUCCUAAGCUUUCUAGUAUUCCCACGCUUUUAGACAUUAUUAAGUAACCUACACCUACCUCCUCGUACUGAUUGUGCCUAAGUAUUAAACAUUUGACUCUAAUGUCAAAUGUAACACUAUGCUGGUUAAUCAAUUCACUUUAUUAACAAGCAUUUUUGUUCUAUUCAAAUUCCGUAUAAAAAAGUUUUUGUUCUUGUAAUUGCUAACUAAAACAAUAGAAUAAAUACAGUAUCAAUGAGACAUCCGUCGUAGUGUAUAGUAAAAAUGAUAAGGGAUAUUUUGUUUUAAGUUGUAUAAGAAUAAUAGCUGGGCAAGUACAGUAUAGUAAUUGAAUCCGGGAAGAGUGGGGAAAGUGAACGUAUCGAGCAAAACCUGGAAUUUUCUUUCUGCCAUCCAAAUAUAUACGCCAACAAUAAAUUUACUGAAAGUGAAAAAAACUUAUAACUGUGUUUUGAAAAAGACUAUUCCGCCAUUUUACUACAAGUUAAUUAGGAAUUUAGACUCGGUAUCAGACUUAGAGAGAGUUUAGUUGUACGGUUUAAUAUUAAGAAACGUGAGGAUUUGGCAGUUUCUAGAUGUGUUUUUAUAAAUUUAAUAUUUCAUUGAAUUUCGGUAGUAUGCAAAGAUUCGGAGCAAGAUUAAAGUCACAUUUAAAACUGUAAGCAUUAAUGAUUUAUAAUGCUGUCAGGUAUCUACAUUUUUUAAUAAUAUUAAGUAAGGUGAGUGAUUUGGCAGGGAAAAUGUCAGCUAUUGUAUUUAUUCUAGUAAAUUUGAUAUUUAGCUAAAUAGAUCUUGCAUGCAGUAGUUUGCAGCAAGCAACGUGUGAGUUUUUGUCAUCAAUACUGACUGCUUGAAAAUACUUUCAAAACUGUAAACGUUAAUGGUUUAUUAUAAGACUGCCAGAUAUUUACGAUUAAGCAUAUAAAUAUCUCAACAUGUGUUCUUUAAUGUUUAUGGGAAUAAAUUAUAAAGUGAUUUAUCAACUUACUUAAUUUAAAAGAAUUAUACGAACUACGAAUUGCCUUAGACUAUUUUUUUUUAUUUUGCCAAAAUAUUUUAUUAGUGCGACUAAGGUUAAUAUAGUUUUAUACUUAUUAAUACAUAUUAAUACUAACGAAUUGAAUUAACUAAAAAUAUAUUAUAUAUUUAACUAAUUUAUAAUAUAAGUGCCCCUUGAUUUCGAAUUUAUCGCGCACGGAUCACGAACGCAAUAAUAAUUAGGAAUUUAGCUGUUUUAUUUUGACUACUACUGUCCUUAUAAUUCCCAUUAUAGAGAAUUAUAGUCCCAUUAUAGAGAAAGUAUAUGACAGUAAAA